ACAUGACCUCCUCUCACUGUCCGGUUUGUAGUCGAAUCGGUGUUUAAACAGCAUAGUGAAUGGGCUUCUUCUUUGUAAUUUGGUGCAUUUAAAAAUGAAACAACUACCGUGAAUGUUAUCGUGUGUACAGUACAGACGUCGACGCUGUUUUAUGCGGGAUUUCGAUCAACCUGGACGUAUGAGAACAGUAACUGAUGUUCAGAGUUUUUGGUGGUUAUGAGCUCAGCUCCCAGCAGCUCCAGCUGACCUGCAUGCAGCCUGACAGCAGCUGGAGCCGCGUGUGUCUUUGUGCUAGAGAUGAACUGUGCAGAGCUUCAGAGCCUCAUCUGACCUGAGCUGACUGGACUGCUACUAAAACAGAUGUCAUUUUGUCUGUGAACAUGAAGUCGGACAUGGCUUACAAUCAGCUGGCGGAUGUGGAGUGGAGGAGACAAUACAACAGAAGAGCACCACUGUAUUCCAGGUGUGUGAUAGCUCUGGCUACCGUAGCUACUGUUCUACUGGCUGCCAUGGCCGUCUAUAACCUCCUGACACCGAGGGUUUCCUCCUCCCAUCCUGCCCCAAGCAGCAGCCUCCUUCUGCCCCAGACCAAGUCCUGCUCUGACCCCUGCAAGAUUGUUCUGGUGGAGAGCAUCCCUGAGGGGCUGGAGUUUAACUCCAGCACCACUCACCCCUCCAUCUUCCAGACCUGGCUCAAUCUCAUGGGCGAGGCUCGCAGCAGUGUUGACAUCGCCUCCUUCUAUUGGACGCUCACUAACCAAGACACCGGCACUCAAGAGCCGACAGCAUAUCAGGGUGAGACCGUUCUGAAGAAACUAGCGGAGCUUUCAGGGAAGUUGUCUGUUCGUAUCGCAGUCAACACACCACAACAGAGUCAACCUCAGGACGACCUUAGGCUGCUCAACGACUCCGGAGCUGAUAUCAGAACAGUUAACAUGAGAGAGCUCACCUCAGGAGUCCUUCACACCAAGUUCUGGGUUGUGGACAAGAAACACAUUUACAUUGGCAGUGCCAACAUGGACUGGAGGUCCCUCACACAGGUGAAGGAGCUGGGUGCGGUGGUCUAUAACUGCAGUUGUUUGGCUGCAGAUCUGGGUAAGAUCUUUGAAGCCUAUUGGUUCCUGGGGGAGAGUCAGUCGAUCCCAUCACCUUGGCCUUCCAGCUUCUCCACCCUGUACAACAAGGACACACCUCUCCAGCUGCCGCUCAACAACACGCCGUCCAACGUUUAUCUGUCGAGUUCCCCUCCGUCCUUCUGUGCAGCCGGCAGGACUCCAGACCUUCAGUCCAUCCUCAGUGUGAUGGAGGAUGCCCAGAGCUUCAUUUAUAUCGCGGUCAUGAACUACCUGCCCACCAUGGAGUUUUCACAUCCUAAAAGGUACUGGGCAGACAUCGACACCCAGCUGAGGAGAAUGGCAUACGAGAAGAGGGUCAAAGUGCGCCUGCUGAUCAGCUGCUGGGCCAGCACCCAGCCAGUCAUGUUUCCCUUCCUGAGGUCUCUGGCCUCCGUUUACGACCCCAAGAGCAAACUAGACAUCCAGGUGAGGCUGUUUGUGGUGCCUGCCAGCUCCAAGCAGAAGGAGAUUCCCUUCGCCAGAGUCAACCACAACAAAUACAUGGUGACUGACAAGAUAGCUUAUAUAGGUACAUCUAACUGGUCAGGUGACUACUUUGUGAACACAGCUGGCUCAGCCUUGGUUGUCAACCAGACUGCAUCACAGGCCGAGUCAACCGUCCAGUCACAGUUGAAGGCUGUGUUUGAGAGGGACUGGAGCUCUGACUACAGCACUCCUCUCACCCAACACUCAAACCUCAAAGACUUAUGUUGAUUUCAGCAUCCACUAUUACAAACACCACAUCAGCCUACAUAACUGCGCCACAGUUGGACACUUAGUUAUAUAUCUAUAGUUGCAGAUUUAUUUUAGCUUGCAAAUUCUCAUGCACUAUCUCAGUUGCACUAGUCAGCUGAAACAAUUGUUCACACGGUGAACAUGGAAACCUCAGGGGAGCAGAGUUUCCUUUGCUCAGGUCCAAAGGAAGAGAGUCAACUUCAAGUAAACAUGGCUCAUCACAGGUUUAGUGCCAAUCGUGCCGUCAAACCGCUCAUUAGUUCAGUGCUGCUAGUCGGUGUCAAAGGCUGUUUAAGAGUACCUGAUCUUUUUUUCCCUUUUGUUAAAAGCAUAGAUGUCUUUGCUCCCCUUUCUUAUCAAAGCUGGCCAUUGAUUCAAACAACAUGUGCGUGUAAUGAAUAAACUUUUGUUACUCUGCCGUAACAUCAGAUCAGUGCAAAACACAGGUCUGCAGUCAGAAUUUACUUUGACAUGUGACCAGUGACAUGUGACAAACAAUGAACAAGCAGUUUUACCUCUUCUUAAAAAAAAAAAAAAACUCAAACAAACAUGUACAUUUAACUUUUAAAUUGUUUUAUGGUGUGGUUUGUAUCAUGUAGUCCUGGUAGCACUAGGGGGGCUCUGUUUCAUCUUUCCAUUCAGGUUGUUGUCAUGCUGAGGCACAAUCAUGUCCUCAGUUGGCUUCCAUACUCACAUAUAUGAAGUGAUAUGUUCAUUGAUCACUUUCUCCUUUUAAAGAUCAAUCACAAUGCAUUUCUUUUAUACAACUUCAGCCUCUAUGGGAGUUUUUUUUUUUCUCCCAGCUCAUCUCAGGGAGUAAAGAUUGUGUGUUUUCUUAAUGGAUCACUUUAGUUUGCUGGAAUAUGGAAUAAUUAAUGCUCAAACUGGUGCUGGUGUGCUGUGCCUGUACUGUAAAAAAGUUUUUUUUUUUUUUUUUUUUUUUAAUUUACUCUCAGUCUUCUGGACUGUUUUAAAAUAAACAGAUUUAAUACUUAAGUCAGCCGUGCAUACAAUAGACUGGAAAUUUGCCACAGCAGUUAAUUUCCACUGUGUGGAGUGACUGAAACUAUUAAUUAGUGAGGAAAUGCUUGUUAUGGCAACUGUCCAAGGGAGGGUGUUUACUAGUAGCAGUAUGCUUUUACAAAAAAAAAAAUCUGGAGCAGUAUUUCAUGUACAUGUAAUUAGCUCCUUAGUCCUAAAGAAAUUACUCUCAAUAAAUGUCUUUCAAUCAAA